AUGGCGUUAGGCAGAAACCUCACGAGACUCGAGACAGUUUUGUUCGAAUACUCCGCCUCAAAGUCAGAUUACUACCGCUACUGCCACAACAUUCUCUUCCUCUUCCUCAUCUUCUCCCUCUCGUGUCCAUCGAUCUUUCGCGUCCGUUUCAGGCUGGUUCGAUCGUGUUUACUUUGUAGAUAUGAUUUUCCAUGGACUCUGACAAAGUACAUUCCAUUCUACGGUGGAGCUGAGUAUCAUGAUUACCAUCAUUACGUUGGAGGACAAAGCCAGAGUAACUUUGCUUCAGUUUUCACUUACUGCGAUUACAUCUAUGGAACUGACAAAGGUUACAUAAUACAAAAGAAGCUUCUUCAGCAGAUUAAGGAGGAUUCCAAGAAGAGCAACAAGCAGAGUGGAGGAGAGAAAUUGGAUUAGUAAACCUGAAACUCCUCACAUUGGUUCUGGUUUCUACAAGGUGAUAAAAGUAGAAGCAGCUUA